UCUCUCUCCCAACAACAAACACUUAUUGUUCACUCUUCAGAUACAUAAUAUUAUUUAUAAAUAUAAAAUUAGGGAAUCGCUCUCUUUACCCUUUCUAUAUAUAAUAUUUUCAUUCAUAGAUCUCACCACUUCCGUUCUCUUUUCACCUCCUUUUCUCUCUGCUUCAACAGAUAACCCAAAGGGCACGAAAAGAAAAGAAACCAUAGGAAGGAAAGGGAAGAAUUUUUUGAGAGGAAACAACCAAGGAUCGAAAAUGGGUUCGGUUCCAACUGAACUGAGCUUGGAAUUUAGACCCACUUUUGUACCCAAAACGAUCAGUAGUUUCCUCAAGGAGCUUUCAUCAAUCGGAAACGUUCCUGACAGGAUUUCAAAACUUGAUGCUUUUGUUAAACGAUUGGAAGAAGAAAUGAGAAAGAUCGAUGCUUUUAAACGUGAACUUCCUCUUUGCAUGCACCUUCUCAACGAUGCCAUUAGAGCUUUAAAAGAGGAGUUAGUGCAAUGUAUGCCCGGAAACGUUGAGCUAGUUUUAGAAGAAUUUAUUCCUUUGAAGAACAAGAAGGAAAAUAAUCAAAGUGAAGAAGAUGGUUCCUUUAUCAACAAAAGGAAGGAAAAAGAUUCUAACAACAGCAACUGCAAUAAUAAUAAGGACAAGAAAAAUUGGAUGAGUUCUGUUCAGCUUUGGAACACUGAUGAUGAUGAUGAUUAUCGUUCCAUUGAUAGAAAACUAGAUACCAAGCUGAGAAACAUUGGAGAAUCAUCUCAAUCAUGUAAAAACAGGGGAGGAGCGACAGCAUUUAUGCCAUUCAAGGCAAAACUGGGCUUUGCAGUGAGUAAGGAAGAGAAAGAGGAGAUACCACUAUCGCUUUUGACUCCUGGAAUCAAGAAUCCGAGAGAUGAAUCAUGUUAUACGGGAUCAAGGACAAGUUGUAGCAAGGCAGUUUUUUCUUCUGCUCCCAAUGCUCGGUCAAGUUUUCGGUCUGUACUGCAGCCGUUGUCCCAACACCAGCAGCAGCAGCAACAACAGCAAACUGCUAGGAAGCAAAGGAGAUGCUGGUCACCUGAAUUACAUCGCCGGUUUGUCAAUGCCUUGCAGCAAUUAGGAGGCUCUCAAGUGGCCACUCCGAAGCAGAUUAGGGAACUUAUGCAUGUAGAUGGCUUGACCAAUGAUGAAGUUAAGAGUCAUUUGCAGAAAUACCGACUUCACACAAGAAGACUUCCGGCUUCCACAACCAGCCCUGCAAAUCAGUCGGUGGUUGUUUUGGGGAGUGGUCUGUGGUUGUCCCAAGAUCAUUAUGGAGAGUCGUCUAAGGGAAGCAGUUCCCAGUCGGGUUCUCCUCAAGGACCUCUCCAGCUAGCCACGAACACCGGAGGGAACUCCCCACCAGGAGGUGACAGCAUGGAAGAUGAUGAAGAUGCAAAAUCCGAAAGUUAUAGCUGGAAAGGCCAUAUUCGCAAACCCGAGAAAGAUGAUGUAUAGAGAGUUUAUCCACCAUGAAUUUUGCAGAUAUAUAAAGUAUACAUGGAAGGAGUUUGCAAUCAUAAAAA